AUGAAUCCAGGACAAACUGCCAGAGCACUUCUACGACACGCCGCGCGUCCAGUCCUUCAACUGCGGGCUUCUUCGACCCUGAGCAACAAUCGUCACAUCUAUGCAUUGAAAGACCCCCAGAACCCCUCAUCCCACGUCCUUUCCUUCCUGUCCACCGAACCACCCACGCCCUCUCUGGCCAUCGGCUCAACAACCAAACUCCCCCCCACUCCAGCCUCCUUUACAGAGAACCCGAGGUUCCUUUCUAUUCUCCAAGCAGUCAUGGCCGAAUACGCGCACGCAGACCCAUUCGUCCAGUCCCAAGCUGCUGUCAUGAUGUCGUCCUCCGGUGCUAGCUUCUUGCAGGCCUCGCGCAGGCAACAGACAGGCUCGUUUGGCGCGAGCGACCAAGGCGGCUACGGCGGUGCAGGUCGAGGCGGAUGGGUGCACGUCUACGAUCAACGACGAGUCCCAGAUUUUGGCCGCAUCCCGGACCCUGAGGACAUCUUUGGGAGCAUCGAGGUCGACGGGAACGGCGAGUUUGUCGACGGCCACGGCAGGUACGAGCCCAGCGGGACGUACCGUGUCGUCACCAACGACGGAAUAUUGGGUCUGUCUGACUUUAUGAGAGAGAGGCUCAUGCAAAGAUUGAAACUUCACGAGGCAGCAGAGAGAAACGAGAAGUAA